CUGGCCCUGUUUCUGUCUCGGAGUCUGAGAGCCUGACUUCAUUGCCUGAGGAGUUCACCCUGUCCACACCCAUCCAGCUGACGGAACCCAGAGUGCCCUUACGUGCCAAGAGCAAGGAGUGGGUGGGCCAGGGCACCAGAGCAGUUUCCUUCUGGGGCCUCCGGCACAGUGAAGCUGAAACCAUCAGGGAAUAUGAGUGAAUUCUGGCAUAAAUUGGGCUGCUGUGUGGUAGAGAAACCCCAGCCGAAGAAGAAGAGAAGACAGAUUGACCGAACCAUGAUUGGGGAACCAAUGAAUUUUGUCCACCUGACUCACAUUGGCUCUGGGGAGAUGGGGGCUGGAGAUGGACUUGCUAUGACAGGUGCAGUUCAGGAGCAGAUGAAAUCCAAAGGAAAUCGAGAUGGGCCAUGGAGGCUUGUAGCUCCCAUGGGAAUGGUUCUGCUAUCUUGA